ACGACUUUGACGUCUACACCAACAAAGUACAAAAAAUUGCGACACUUGAAAAGUAGUUCUUUCAAAUAUAUUCUAUUUUUUUUUAUAAUAAAUCAUUGCUUACAAUUAUAUGGAUAUCGGGAUGAAGUCUUGAUAUAUUUAUUUUUUACAUUAAAGUGUUGGUGGUGCAGUACAACUACAAGUACUUAUCAGUGUUUGCGAUCAAUCGUUUACUUUUGGUUUGGUGACGUUUUUAAAUUGCCAACAUCUCAUCAACGUGAACGUGUAAUUUUUCCAUAAAAAUAUAAAAUAUAGAUGAACCUCAACCAAUUCGAAUAUGUUGUCCAAAUUAGUCAUUUUAAUUGUAUGGAUUAACGUUUUAGUUGAAGGCUUUUAUUUACCAGGAUUGGCCCCUGUUAACUAUUGCAAAAAGGAAGAUGAAUCCGAUACUUGUAAAUCUGAAGUUAAAUUAUUUGUAAAUAGAUUGAACACAGAUGAAUCAAUAAUACCCUAUGAGUACAAUCAUUUUGAUUUCUGUUUGCCAGACAACAAUGAAAAAUCUCCUGUGGAAAACUUGGGACAAGUUGUCUUUGGAGAAAGAAUACGACCUUCAAGAUAUAAUAUUGAAUUUAUGAAAAAUGAAACUUGUACGGUGGUCUGUACAAAGCAAUACUCUGGGGAUAAACCUGAAGAUAAUUUGAAACUUGGUAGGUUAAGGAAAGGUAUAAGUCUGAACUACCAACAUCAUUGGAUUGUUGAUAAUAUGCCUGUUACAACUUGUUAUGAUGUCGACGAUUGUAGAACAGGCUUUCACAUGGGGUGCUAUUCUCGAAACGGAAGACAUAAUUGUGUAAAAGAAGAUGUGGGAAGAGAUGAUGCUUAUUAUAUUUACAAUCAUGUUAAUUUAACAAUUACAUAUCAUUCUGGAGCUAAAGAAGAGUGGGGUAGCCAAUUCCAUGAGAAUGGGGGAAGAAUUAUAUCUGUUAAAGUUGUACCUAGGAGUAUUGAUUACAAAGGGAAGGGAUGUUCUUCAGGCGAUUUAGAACCACUUAUGAUACCAAUGAAAAAUCUAAAGACUGGAGAAAAAUUCGAAAUUAUCUACACUUACAGUAUUCACUUUGUAGAAGACAAUGAUGUGAAAUGGUCUUCAAGAUGGGACUACAUAUUAGAAUCCAUGCCACAUACUAAUAUUCAAUGGUUUAGUAUUUUGAAUUCGUUAGUUAUUGUACUGUUUUUGUCUGGAAUGGUUGCUAUGAUUCUGUUAAGGACAUUACAUAAAGAUAUUGCUAGAUAUAAUCAAAUUGAUAAUGGGGAAGAUGCACAGGAGGAGUUUGGUUGGAAACUGGUCCACGGAGAUGUCUUCCGACCACCACGUAAGGGGAUGCUUCUUUCAGUGCUUCUUGGAUCUGGUGUUCAAGUAUUCUUCAUGUCAUUAGUAACACUAGCUUUUGCUUGUCUGGGAUUCCUUAGUCCAGCCAACAGGGGAGCUCUUAUGACAUGUGCCAUGGUAUUGUAUGUACUCUUAGGAUCGCCUGCCGGUUAUGUUUCUGCAAGAAUAUAUAAGAGUUUUGGUGGAGAAAAAUGGAAGUCAAAUGUUUUGUUGACUUCAAUGUUAGCACCAGGAAUUGUUUUUGGACUCUUUUUCGUCAUGAAUGUGGUACUUUGGGCUAAGGACAGUUCAGCUGCUGUUCCAUUUAGUACUUUAGUAGGAUUGCUAGCCCUCUGGUGGCUAGUGUCAGUACCACUUACUUUUGUUGGUGCUUUCUUCGGGUUCAGGAAAAGGGCUUUGGAGCACCCAGUAAGAACCAACCAAAUCCCAAGAUUGAUACCUGAACAAUCAGUUUAUACUCAACCCAUACCCAGUAUAAUAAUGGGAGGAGUUUUACCGUUCGGAUGCAUAUUUAUUCAACUGUUUUUCAUCCUAAAAUCGAUCUGGUCAUCUCAAAUGUACUAUAUGUUCGGAUUUCUAUUUUUAGUUUUUAUCAUUCUAGUAAUAACUUGCGCCGAAACGACCAUUUUGUUGUGCUACUUCCACCUUUGCGCCGAGGAUUACCAUUGGUGGUGGAGAUCGUACCUAACUUCGGGUUUUACAGCGGUAUAUCUCUUCUUAUACUGCUGUCAUUAUUUCUUCACGAAGCUUCAGAUAGAAGACGCAGCUUCGGGUUUUCUGUAUUUUGGCUAUACGCUCAUUAUGGUGUUUUUGUUUAACCUCUUGACAGGAGCGAUAGGUUUCUUUGCCUGUUUCUGGUUUAUUAGAAAGAUAUAUAGUGUAGUUAAAGUCGACUGAGUAAGUUUCGUUUUUCUAAUUUCAAAGUUAUGUUCGUGAAAUGUUUUUACAUUUUAUCUUGAAUGAUGUCCAAGUUAUUUAAAAUUAUUGCUUACUGCCUUUUGUCAGAAUCAUCAAACGAGCUCCAAUUGUGAUACUUUUUACGGUUUGAAACUGGCUUUACUUUAGUUACUGCAAAGGGGGCUAAGACAAUAAUAAAAUUGUUCUUUACGAGGAAUACUAUUGUAUCUAAAAAAUUAUUCAAUUUAUUAUUUUGUACAUAUUAAUAAAGUAUAUAUUAUGUUCGAUGCAUAUAAUUUUUGCCCAUAUUUUUUAAUCUAAUAGUUUUAGCUCACAUGAAAAUUCUGUUUUACUGCGUCUUCAAUUGUAAGAAACUUUACAGCGUACUAAAAAUUUUUUGGACGGUUGUAGCUGUAAGUGUGUUUGCAAAUACCAGAAUAACAUAAUGCAUUAAUAUUAGAGCAAUGCCACUUUUUACACAAUCACUAGUACACUGCGCGUCAAAGAAAACGGGCCACCCAAAAAAAUUAAGAAAUAUUUUAUCUUAUUUUUUCUUAAUUAUGUCGAAUUAAAUCUAUUGUAUAUUGGCAGUGGACAUUUAGAAGAUAUUUUAAAAGGCAGUAAGUAAGAUAUUAAGUAUAGAGAAGCCAACACUCAUCACAGAUUCUAUAAAUUCAAAAAGUGUACUGAUUUACAGCAGCGAUUGGAAAAAUAGCACGAUUAAUCUAUUAACGAUUGUAAAUCAACACAAUUAUAUACCGUCUUUCUGUUUUGUGAGGAACAUAACAUAAAAUGUAAUAUUUACCUUGAUCUGUAUCAGUGGAGUGCUGGAACUUUUCAAGCGGCCCGGCGAUGUUAUAGGAAAGCGGCUUCCCAUCCUCACGACCUUCUAUCAUCAGAAUUUUUUACUCAUUAUUUAUAAUGAAAACUUAUUUGACCGGCCUCAAGAGGCCGCGGCCUCUCGGUGAUUGCACCGAUUCAUUUAUAUGGCCAGCACGCCACUGAUCUGUAUACUCUUUGUAUUUCGUGCCCUUAAGAUAUUUGCACCACAAAAUUCCAACUGUAUAUAUAAAUAUCUUCUUCUUUCUCUUUUUAUUGGCUUGCAUACUUAAAUAUAAAUAUUCUGGCAAUUUUCAGAUUUGAGUAAAAUGUUAUGCAAUGAUUUGCCACAUUCUUAAAAUCCUAUAUGACGUCAAAGUUAAUGACGCACUGAAAGAAGGGUUUGGUAUAAACUGUAUGCACUAAUUCCUUGUUUUAAAUAAGAAGCUUGUGGUGUAAAUAUCAUACAAAUAAAAAAGACUUAUCAGAGGCUAAAAUCUACCGUAAAUAUAGACAUACAUAAUUUUUUGUAAAGAUUAUCUAUGAAAAUUAAAUUGUAUUACGAAUUACAUACAGGGUAGGGGUGUCCCAUAACUAAUGUACCAUCACUCUUCAAUCCUGACCCCAAUCCUGUAUUGUCCGUCUCCAAAGAUCUCUGUCUCUGGUUAUUUCUUUUAAGUCAUGCAUAGGUUUUUUGCUUAUUCCUGCAGUUUUAUCGAUCCAUUUUGUUUGAGAUCUUCCUCGUGAUCUUCGGCCUUCCACCUUUCCUUGUACUCGUAUAAUGAGUCUUUCCAUGUUUUCUGUGUUUGCUCUUAUAACAUGCCCAAUGUAUUUUAAUUGGUGGAUAUGGACUUUACUGGAGAGUCGUUUGCUAACUUUUAGCUCUCUUAUAAUUGAACUAUGGGGUGUAUUGUGUAACAUUUCCGUUAAAUUUAAGAGGCCUCUAAAAUUUUACUUUUAACGGUCCUCUAAAACUUUUAGGUUAGAUUGAAAUUCUGUAAACAUAUAUUAUAGACAACGGCUAAAAUAUUUUUUAGAGGAAUCCUCUUAAAGGUUUUGGUAAAUGUGGCAACGUUGCACGUUGAUCGUUUUUGAACUACCUUUAACCUAAAAAUUGCCAAAAACUGACUGUCAGAGGCCAAAAAUCUUAAGAAAGAAGAAGAAAUUGACAGUUUGCUAUAAAAUAAUGGUUUAUUUUAUAAUUAUUUUUUAAUAAAGUAAAACUCAUAUUUUCCAGUUAAACACUUUUACUUAUAAAGUUAUACAUUAAAAUAUUGCUGAAAAAUUGCAUCUCAUAUUUUCUCCUCAUGUACACUAAUUUUGUUCAAAUAGUCUAUAUCGGUCAUAUUAAGGUAAUCUUCCUCAUCUGGUUCUAAAUCUCCUGCAACUUCAUCUAAACAUUUGAUAUGUUUUGUAAUGUACUUACCAUAAUAAUUUUUCCUGCAUUCAUAGGAUUAUAAUUUAGUCGCUUUAACAAACAUCUUGUUUUGAACACCACUUAAUUUUUCAAUCACAUUUCUAGGUUCCUACUUCUUAUUAAAUGGUAGUUAAUCACUUCCAGGUCCAGGUCAAUUACUUUUUGUUUUUGUUGUAAUCUGAAUUCAGCUCUACAAAAAGAAACAAAAAUUUGAAAUUUGUUAUACCUAGAUGUUAGAUUUGGUGUUAGUAUGUCGAUUGUAAAGUAAAUUGAGACUUACCUUUCAUGAUUAUUUAUUACUUCUUCUCCAAAUACAUUAUAAAAGGCCAUUAUUUACCAUUUUUAAAUGUUUAUCUCCAUUAUAGUACAUAAAUAGCAAACUAUUAUUCAUUAUUCAUAUAAAUAAGGACUAAAUAGGUCCUAUUCAUAUAAAUAGGACCUAAAUAUCCGAGAAUUAUAAAUCCUUGACAAGCAAGAUACUCUAAAACUUCAGAAAGUUGAAUAUUUCUUGAAUAAUUCUCUGGAUGACACUUGUCUUCAUGAAGUGAAAAUCAAAAGUGAACAAAAUAUGACACUAGACAGGUAAAGACAAAAAGAUGACACUUACUAGACAGGUAGCAAUUUAUACCUAAAGCCUACUUCAUGCCUGAUCCUAUAUGAUUUCGGACUUAAAAAUGGCUUGAUAUCAGCUAAUAUUUAAGACAAUAUAGAAGCUUGAUUUUUAUAAUUGUUUAGACCAGUACUUGUGAGAAUAAAGCAAAAAUUAUGACAAUCUGAUUAUUAAAAAUCGUUCCUAGUUGCUUAGCGACUUUUAACCCGUAACAACAUAACCAAACAAAAAUAAUCAAACCACAUUUAACGGACUGCUAAAAAUUUAGCGGGCACGUUUUGACAUCAUCUAAAAUAUUUUGAUUUAGCGGGAGUUUUAACGGUUUAGGUUAACGGAUGCAUAAUUUACAGAAUACUAAAAUAUUUUUAGCGGGCGCUAAAAUUUUAGAGACCUCUAAAAUUUAACGGAAGUGUUACAGAAUACGCCCCUAUUUGUCCUACGGUAGGUCCAAGGAAUUCGUAACUUUCGUUUCUAACAUAAAAUUUCAGUGGCGUCUAUCUUUCUUCUUUUCUAUUGUAUCAAGGUCCAAGAGAAGGUUUUUGAGAAUCUACCUCUUACCUAAUUUAUUUCUCCAGCUGCCGUAUGGUCCAUGGAUUAUGAACAACCGGUAUAUCCAAUCGACUCUCAUACAAUUUCCAACCGUGCCUGUAUAUUAAUCACAAUCUAUAUACAGUACGUAAAUCGUUCAGCUGGACGUAGGGAAUAUACAUUGAGAGAAUUGUGGCAACUGCGCUAACCUGUGUUAGUUGAAGCUUCUGUUCGAGUACGAGUUUUUGGUGCAAUAGAGCUGUUAGAAUGAACAGAAUGAGUUAGUUUUGAAGCAAGGCUGUCCAUAAAUAUAUCAAAAACAAAGUUUAUGAUAAUUGAGUUAAUAAUUUUACUUUAAUUUUUAAAAUAUUUUUGGAAUUAUACUUCUUUAGGCACGAGGGUGAAUAUUUUUACAUUCCCUGGCGCAUGCGCACACCGACAGUAUGCUGUUAGUUGCUAAAUCAUCCAAUUUAUGUAUGUAUCAGCGCAACUAAGGUUUGAAAAUAAUAGUGUUUUUAGUAAAUAUAUUUAUUAUAAUUUUUGUGUCUUUGUCUUUGGGGAUUUGUCUUCCUUGGGACUAAGAUAAUAAGUAUUUUAAACAUUUUUAUAUUUAAUACUUCACUUGAUCUAUUUGUCACCGUCGUUUGUAAUUACGUCCCAGAAGCCGUAAAAACAAAACCCUGGUGGGUUAUCGGUAGAGCAUUCGACUGCAUAACGCGAAGGUCCCGGGUUCAAAUCCUGACACGGACGAUUGUUACCCUUUUUUUUUGGUGUUGUCUUAAUAAAAUUUUUUUGAAAGUGGUAAUAUCAAAAUUAGUUUAUUAAUUAAAUAAAAUACAAAUAAACUUUUAAGUAUAUUUAUUUCGUUGAAAUCAUAUAAUAGAAGUAUAACUUCUUACGUGCGUACAAGGUACACACACUUUCUUUUUUAUUUAAAAACUAAUUUCAGAACUAAACAGUUUUCCCAUUCCGUUAGGCCAAAAUAUUUAGCUACUACAUUGUGAUAUUUUGACGUUUAUUUGUGUCAGUCGAAAUGAGUUUGUCAAUCUUGAGGUUAAUGCCCCUUAAUGCUAACAACCAUAUUGUCAUCGAGAGAGCUCAGUUGCCACAAUUAUCUCAAUAUAAUACAAUGUAUGUAUUUAUGAAUCUUAAUAUAUACAAUGUAUGUUCCUUAUGUCCAGCUGAACGAUUUACGUACUGUAUAUGAUUCGUCAUUAUGGCUUGAAAUUUGAAAUAUACAAAAAAAAAGAUAAAAGUGAACGACAGUUCAUGUUUCCUUACGAUUCAGAGAAUAUCCACCAUCCCUAGACAGCUGUUUCUGUCUCUAGACGUCUUCAGUAGGGCUACGUGAACACUUCUGAACCAAGACGAAAAUAAACUGCGUAUUUAAGUGGAAUUAUAAAAAGAGAUGCAGUAUAAUACUUAUUUAUUUAAUUUUUGUAUUUGAUAUUUUACUAGUUUUAUCUUUUGAAGGACGAACUAAUAACUAAUUGCAAAAAUAUGUUGCUUAUUUGUCUUCUUCGCAUACUAAGCAUCAAAAAAUUUUUGAAGGUGGUUGUUAAUGUUUUCAGUUGAAAAAUGCGCAAAUUAGGAAAGUGUUACCUCUAGUAUUAAAUACAUAAUAAAAUAACAGUUUUCUAAGAAAUUUGCUAGAUCAGUUAUAUAAUGUCAGCAUUGAUUGUUAUAUAUUAUCCGAGAUUUAGUGGAAUCUGCGAGUAAAUUAUUAAAAUAUAAAUUUUUCAAAAUAUAUUAGGUACUAUAUUAUUAUGUUGUAACUUGUAACGUCCACUAUUGUUUAGCAGAGAAUAAUAUUGACAUGAAAAUAUCUGAAUAGACAGAUUCUUUAAGAGAACAAGAAGUAAUUUUCCAAUAAAACGGACACAUUUCAUUGUUUUUCUUUCAUUAAAUAAAAGUUGUAAACGGUGUUUCAUUCUUCAUCAUCAAUUGACAAUCAAUCUUGAGCCUCAAUCUUCAUGAGUGUGUUUUCCCAGACGUUACACCGUCCUUCUACUUUAGCCUUGACUUUUCCAUACUCAUUUUCUCAUGGCAAAGAUUCCAUUGUAUAUAUAUUCAUGUUUCGUUACUGCAAUAUACAGUCAGGUGCAAAAGCCUUGAUCCACGCCUAUUUGUUAGAGAAGAAGAGGAAUUUGGAGUUUAUUUUAUUUGGCAAUUUAGUACCUACUAUUACAUAAAUAGAUUACAGGUAUCAAGCAAAGAGGGUUCUUUGUAAUAGAUAGAUAGAGGGAGUAUACUUUGUUAGCAAGAUCCGUUUUCGCAUUUCCUCUUCGCUUCCGUCCUCAAUUAUCUGUAUCUGUACACCCAGGUAUGUGAGCUGUUUUACUAUUUCAAUGUUAGCAUCGUCGAUUAUCAAAUUCUGUAAGUUUCUUUGUUUCCUUGCUUGUAUUAGGGCUUUAGUUUUAUCAACGUUGACGGCUAACCCUAUUUUUUUACUAUCUGUACUAUAUCCCAGGCAACCAAACGACGUUUUUAUGACGUAGAUAACACGUCAUAAAAAUGACCAAUUGACGUGUUUCUAUGACGUAGUACUGACAUUGAAAAUCACCUGUAUUUGUCUCAUUGAUUUGACGUUAUAAUUGUGACGAUUUUAAAACGUCAAAAAGACGUCGGUACUUUUACGCGUCGCCGUGGGUAAAAUCACGUCUGUAAUACUUUCAAAAAGUGACCUUUUUCUCUUUCAGAUGUUUCAAAAUAGUAUAAAAAUAGGUAACAUGAAAAUGUGGGCUAAAAAUUAAUUUAAUUAAACUCGAUAACACAUAAUUGGUUCAUUAACAGAAAAUAAACAUAACCUCAAAAGUUGACAAGAAGAAUUACUGCAUUAAACUAACUCACUGAGCAAAAGCGAAUAAAAAUCUCUUAAUUAACACGUUUCUUCAACUAAAUAUCUCAAUGAAACGUCUUAUUUUAUCACACAAGGCACAAAGAACGUAAACAAUAAAUAAGAAAUUUCUUAUGAACAACCUUAUAGGUGAACUAAAUUGUUUGAAGUCAAAACAAACAAGCUUUUUAAGCUCCUCCCAAUUUUGUGAUGUCAGACUUAAGUCGACUUUACAUUACAUGAUUUAUCAUCUGAUUUGUCAUAUGAUUUGGUCAUAGAGUAAAAUUUACAUGUUUACACUGUGUGAUUUGUCAUAUGAUUUUGUCAUUAGCAUUGUGUUUUAUCAUAAGCAUUGUCAUGCGGCUCGUCAUGUGCCAAAUCAUAUCAUAAAUCACGUGAUAAAUCAUGUAGUGUAAAGUCGACUUUAGGCUGUCUGAAAUAAAAACGUCUUUUAAACGUAUUUUAAGGUCAUUUAAUCUUACGUAUUUAAAAUCACCUACAAAAGACGUCUAUAUGACGUAAUGUUCAAUCACGUGUAUAUAUUCAACCAAAACUGACGUUUCCUCGACGUUAUAUGACGUCACUUGGUUGCCUGGGAUGUAAAGGCGUGCAGGAGAACGGAUUAUGGCGUAGACGCUAUAAUUUUGAGCUUAACCACCUUUAUAGUGAACCUAGUAUUGGUAGAUCUAUCAAAAUAAACAGGCCACUUAGAGAGAAUGAAUGAGCCGUCGAAAGACAUUUAUAGCCAGAGACCGGAUGGAGUGAGGAGAAGAGGCAGGCCCAGUGCACGGUUUAAGGACCAGGUGGAAGACACUUGCGAGUGUUAGGAGUGCGAAAUUGGAAAACCAAGGUGAAGGAUAGGAAGGAAUGGAAGCUGAUUCUGGAACAGGCCAAGACCCACCAUGGGUUGUAGAGCCAAUUAUGGUGAGAAUAAGAAAUGCACAUAAUAUACUAUAGUUCCUAUCAUUUCCGAGAUUAUUCAUCAUCAUCAACCCGUACUCGUCCACUGCUGGACAUAGGUCUCCCUCAGCUCUUUCCAUCUUUCUGUUUUGUGCGGCUUGCAUCCAGUUGCCGACAAUACGCUUCAGAUCGUCAGCCCAUCUGGUUGGUGGUCGUCCUCUGCUCCGUAGUGCUUCUUCUUGUGGCUUCCACUCGACAAUACGUUUUGUUCAUCGGUUGUCUGACAAUCUGGCGACGUGUUCUGACCAAUUCCACUUGAGCGACGCGAUUAUGUCGACAGCGUCCGUUGUUUUUGUUCUACGACGUGUUUCUUCGUUUGGGAUUCGGUCCCUCAGGGAGACACCCAACAUCUGGCGCUCCGUAGCCCUCUGAGUUAUGCGAAUCUUGUUCACUACCUUUUUUGUGAGUGUUAAUGUUUCCGCUCCAUAAGUGAGUACAGGCAAUACACACUGGUCAAAGAUUUUCCUUUUCAGGCAUAUGGGUAAGUCCGAUUUAAAUACAUAGCUCAUAUUUACCAAUCGCUAAACGCUAGGCUAUAAAUAAUCCUAUGCGACGUGGGAGCUCGCACGUCUGGUUAUCUCUUCCCAACCGAAUUUCAUGUCCCAAGUACUUAUAAGAUGCAGUCUGUUCAAUAUCCAUUCCAUCAACAACAAUAUUACGAUUUAGCACCAAAUUAGUCAGUAUUUGCGUCUUGUUGAUAUUAAUCUUUAGUCCGACCUCUAAGGAAGCGUGAUAUAACUUGUUCAACAUUAUUAUUGCAUCAUCCAUACGAUCGACUAUAAGGACGAUGUCAUCUGCGAAUCUCAAAUGACUGAGCUUCUCUCCAUUUAUAUUGAUACCAUAUUCGUUCAGAUCUGCCUUCUUAAAAGUUAAGUGUGUUCUAAAAGGGUUGUGAAUAGCUUUGGUGAGAUGGUGUCUCCUUGCCGUACUCCUCGCUGCAUACAGAAUUUAUUAGUUUGUUGAUCAGAGAGUCUUACGCUAGUCGUUGCAUUGUGGUAGAUAUAUUUGAUCAUGUUAGUGUAGCGAUGGCGUCUAUUCAGCGUUCCGUCAAUGCUUUUGAGAGACUUAUAAAACCUUAAAUCUACAGUUGCCAUAUUUAAAGUAAAGGCACCUCUAAAAAUUCAAUUCAAUGCACACAUUGUAUAACUGAUCUUUUUUAAUUUAUGAACGGGAUAUUUAAUUUUGAGUAUUAAAGGGCAUUUUGAUAACGGACAAUGAAGGAAUGAAUGUGUUUAAUUUCGUGUACUGAGCACAACAUUGUAUCUUAUAUUUGUAUUUGUAACUAAAUGCAAAAAUAUUGCGUGGUGAUAUUUUGUCUGCAUAUUAUUAUGUAAAAUAGAAAAAUAAAUUAAUUGUAUUAUAA